GGCGCGGACCCGAGUGAGACCCGGGAGACUAGCCUGGCCACAGAGACAACGUUGAGGUCCAGACAGGAUUAUUCAGGAUCAGGUUGUAGCCAUUUUCAACAAGGAUCACUGAUCAAAAUUGUUCUUUUUACAAAGAGAUUUACAAGUUAAACAUGAAGGGAAAAUACUGGAAUCAUUUGGAUUCUGACAGGAUAAAGAAUACAAUAUUUCACAUUUACUUGUAAUGGAACCUUUGUAAGAUUCAUCACUUGUCAUUCACCCAGUUGGGAACAUGGAUGUUGGUUUUUCUCGUACUGCUGUUCAGACACUGUCAAGAAGCCACUGCAAAAACAUCAAACAAAAAAUUUCUCAAUGGGAAGGAAGGGCUAAUGGUAUAUCUAAUCCAGAAAAGUGGCAUCCAAAGGACUUUGGAGUGAGAUAUAACUGUCACCAAGAGAUCCGUCUGAAGAAAAAUCCUAUAGCUGAGAGAAAGAGCAAAAACUUGGAUGUAACCAGCUGUGAAAAUGUGGGUCUAGAUAUAAAUGAAGAUACCAAAAGCCAUGAUCAAAGUGAGAAUGAAAAUAAGAAACAUGAAUAUGACGAUACACACUUCUUUAAAAAUGAAUCAGAAUCCAACUGGGUAUGUUCUCGGGUCAAAGAAAUGGAAAGCUGUAAAGAAGAUGUCUUAGAUCCAGAGACUUCAUUACCUCCAGGAAACUUCUAUACCUCACAAAUACUGUGGAAGAAAAUAGAAGCACUUCCCCCAGAUAAACUCUUAAAUUUGGCUUUAGAACAUUGUGACUCUUCAGAAAAAGAACUGAACUUCAGAGUUCUGGAUAGUUCAUACGGAAUAACCAAGAGCUUAGAAAAUAUUUACUCUGAACCUGAGGGGCAAGAAUGUGGACCUUCCAUAAAUCCUUUGCCAAAACCUCGUAGGACAUUCAGAUAUUUAUCUGAAUCUGGUGUUACGCCAUAUAAAGAAAGAAACUGUGACAAAAAAUACUGUGAAAAUAAUUCUUGUGCACAAUCUUCUUUGGCCUCUUCUGAGGAACCUGAACCAAAGAAAUAUGGUGGAAAAAUCAGAGGAAGAUCUAAAAGGAAAUCCUUUGAAUUUGAGGAUAUUCAGCACUUUCGAAAUCGGAACUCACAGACGAUUCGUGAAGAACUUGGAAGAAAUUCUGGGUCAGCACUUUAUUACACACAGUCUGAGGACAAUAUCUAUGAAGAUAUCAUAUAUCCCACCAAAGAAAAUCCAUAUGCAGAUAUUCCAGUGCAGCCUUUACCUAUGUGGAGAUCACCUUCAGCAUGGAAGCUACCACCAGCUAAAAGUGCUUUUAAAGCACCCAAGCUUGUACUGAAAAUAGAUGACAUAUUUGAAUCUAAAAGAGGGAAGAAGAAGGUAAAGUUACAUUCUUACACUGGAAAGGAAUUACCUCCCACAAAAGGUGAAACCAGUGGGAAUGAAAGUGAUGCCGAGUAUCUGCCAAAGAAUCGCCAUAAACGUUUAGCACAACUGCAACAGUCUUCCAAGAGGAAUCCUCACUACCAGACCUUGGAGCGGGAUCUUAUUGAAUUACAGGAGCAGCAGCUGUUUGAACUUUUUGUGGUGGUGUCUCUACAGAAGAAACCAUCAGGAAUAAGCUAUAUUCCCCAGGUCAUACAACAAUUCCCUGGCAAGGAUGAUCAUGGCUAUAAGCAGUCCAAAGACAUGGAAGAGAGGCUUAAAGUUAUCCCAAAAUUUUGUUUUCCUGAUUCAAAGGACUGGAUGCCAACCUCAGAACUCAAGAGUGAAACAUUCUCCUUUGUCUUGACUGGUGAAGAUGGAAGCCGGUGGUUUGGUUACUGUAAGAAGCUCUUGCCAGAAGGCAAAGGAAAGCGACUGCCUGAGGUAUACUGCAUGGUUAGUCGCCUAGGCUGCUUCAAUCUUUUUUCAAAGAUUCUGGAUGAAGUAGAGAAGAGAAGAGAAAUGUCUCCAGCCCUUGUUUACCCAUUCAUGCGAAGUGUCAUGGAAGCUCCUUUCCCAGCUCCUGGACGCACCAUCACAGUUAAGAGUUACCUCCCUGGGGCUGGAGAUGAGUCCAUUGAACUCUGCCGACCACUAGAUUCCCGAUUGGAACAUGUUGAUUUUAAAUGUCUCUUUAAGUGCCUGAGUGUGUGUCAUCUCAUCCGGGUCUGUGCCUCUCUCCUUUUGGAGCGUAGGGUAAUCUUUGUUGCCAACAGCCUAAGCACCCUGUCAAAAUGUGGCCAUGCUGUGGUAGCUACACUGUAUCCAUUCACCUGGCAGCAUACCUAUAUCCCGGUCCUGCCAGCAUCUAUGAUUGACAUCGUGUGCUCACCUACUCCAUUCCUUAUUGGAAUCCUGUCUUGCUCCUUACCACAGCUCCAGGACCUACCCAUUGAAGAGGUGCUGAUAGUUGAUCUCUGUGCAGACAAGUUCUUACAAGAGGUAUCUGAUGAGGAUGAAAUUCUACCACCAAAACUUCAAGCUGCCCUGAUGCAGAUUUUGGAAGAACGAAAUGAAAUCUUGACUCAGGAGCAGAAUUUUUCACAAGAUGUGACACUCAACUCUCUGGUGUCCGAAGCAUUUGUCAGGUUUUUUGUGGAGUUGGUAGGACAUUAUUCUUUGAACAUGACUGUCACUGAGCGUGGGGAGCGUGUUUUCCAAAGGGAACCAUUCCGUAAGUCCCACACCUCCCGAAGUGUACGCCACUUCCUGGAUCUCUUCAUGGAGACUCAGAUGUUUGCAGGAUUCAUCCAGGACCGAGAGCUUCGGAAAAGUGGAGUUAAAGGUUUGUUUGAGGUCCGGGCCAUCCAGUAUUUGGAAACAAUUCCUGAGUCAGAGCCCAGUGGGAUGAAUAGAAUUUUGCGGAGUCUUGGAAGUAAAAUGAAAUUUCUGCAGAAGAAAUGAAAUCUCUGAUUGUCUCCAUCCUGAAUAUACAACAGAAAGUGCCAAAGAAAAUAUUUUUCCAAGGAUCAGGUUCCCAUGAAGUAUUCUAAAAAAUUCUUGAAAUUUUAAAAGGUUAAAGAGCGAGUCAGGCUGUCAGAGGAGGAUUCUCCUGUUGCUGCUGUAGUAAUCACUGGAGAAUUGUUGGGAAUGGUCUGGAACCAAUGCCAUCUUUACUCUGUCUCCAUUUUUUUUUUUUAUAGCAGCCUUUUCUAUGUGAUUCUUGGGCUCAUUCUCUGUUUUGUGCUUUGUCUGUGAAAGUAGUUGUCUUUCACAAGGAAAAGCCUUGUUGUUACCUUUAAAAAAUAGCUCAAAGAUGAGAAUAAUGAGAGAAAUGCUGAGUUUAAGGUAGUAGAGAGACACAAUAGAAAUGGAGAACACUAGCCUUAUACACAUAAUUCUCAUCACUGAACUAUCAUGGCAGCUUUAAACCCAUGGGCUGUUUGACCUGGGCUAAGGAAUAGACUCAUCACAUAUCUCCAUUGUUUUGCCUUAUAUUAUAUCUAGGGGAAUCUCACUUAGGAGGAAACCCUACUUGCAAUAUUACAAGGUACUGUUAUUAAGUGCCUUAUAAAAUUAGACAUCUUGCAACUCUGCCUCCAAAUUAUGUGGCAUUUGAGUAGCUUGCUUGUCCCUCACAUGUCAACAUUAAACUUUGUGGAGGCUGGAUGCAGUGGCUCACACCUGUAAUCUCCACCACUUUGGGAGGCUAAGGCAGGAGUUUGAGGGUAGGAGUUUGAGACUAGCCUGGGCAACAUAGCAAGAUCCCAUCUCUACAAAAACAUUUUAAAAAUAAGUAAAUAAAUUUAAACUUUGUGAAAUUAUAGCUGAUAUGAAAAUGUCCUUUCAAGGGCAUGGGAGCCACCUUUAUUUUUUAGUGUCCACCAUGUGCCAUGCACUGUGGUAUAUGUAUGCAUAUCAUCUCAACCAAUCCUUAAAUCAACCUUAUGAGAUAGAUAUUUGCAUUUCCAUUUUACUAAUAAAGAAACUGAGGCUGGGUGCUGUGGCUCACAUCUGUAAUCCCAGCACUAUGGGAGGCCAAGGCGAGUGGAUCAUUUGAGGUCAGGAGUUCGAGACCAGCCUGGCAACAUGGUGAAACUCUGUCUCUACUAAAAAUACACACAAAAAAUUAGCUGGGCAUGGUGGCAGGUGCCUGUAAUCCUAGUUUCUCGGGAGGCUGGGCCACGAGAAUCGCUUGAGCCCAGGAGGCGGAAGUUGCAGUGAGCUGAGAUCGCGCCACUGCAUUCCAGCCAGGGUGACAGAGUGAGACUCCAUCUCAAAAAAAAAAAAGAAAAAAGAAAAAAACAAAUUCAAAGAAGUUAAAUACGUUGCCCAAAGUUGUACAACACAGAACUGAAGCCAGGACUUUAUGGACACAGAAAAAGUUGGUUAGUCCUACAGAUGGAAAUUUCAUCUCAAUAGGAUUAUAUAGCUAUUUAUUUUAUUAAUAAAAAUUUUCUAUUAAGUGUACCAGAGCCACUUUUCAGCUCUGAGGAUAAGGAACUUUAUAGGUGCCUAGAUGAGACUCUUUUUAUUCCCCUAGAAAUGUUGAAAUUUUUGCUCUAAUUAAAUUAGACUCAAAAUAUGAACAUUCCUUGAACAUAUACCACUUAGUCAUCCAGACCUUUAAUAUCUGAAGUAGUAGUAGUAGUGAUUGGAAAGAGAAAGUUUUCAGUGAUGGUGCAGUGUUUGUGUGUGUGUGUGUUUUGUUUUUUGUUUUUUUGUUUUGGUUUUUUUUUUUUUUGAGAUGGAGUUUCGCUCUUUUUGCCCAGGCUGGAGUGCAAUGGUGUGAUCUCGGCUCAUUGCAACCUCUGCCUCCCGGCUUCAAGCAAUUCUCCUGCCUCAGCCUCCUGAGUAGCUGGAAUUAUAGGUGCCCACCACCAAACCUGGCUAAUUUUGUACUUUUAGUGGAGACGGGGGUUUCACAAUGUUGGCCAGGCUGGUCUCGAACUGACCUCAGGUGAUCCACCCACCUUGGCCUCCCAAAGUGCUGGGAUUACAGGCGUGAGUCACUGCACCCAGCGUGUGUGUGUGUGUGUGUGUGUGUGUGUGUGUGUGUGUGUGUGUUUCAAACUCACGGGCAAAUUCAACUUCAGAUGGUGCACUUUUCAUUGAUUAAUAUUAUAGCAAAUGUCAGUUUGUUUUCUUCAGUUUCUGCUGAUGGUUUUAACUGGCACAGAAAGUAUUUAUUCAACCUUACAAAACUGUGUAAGUUGCAUUGUGAUACAGUUUAUUGACUUGUACAGUAUUGUCAUUACAACCCAUUCAGGUAUGCAUGAAUCUGAAGCAGAACACCAUUUAAGACUGGUGCUGUAUAAUUCCUACAGAUGUGGGUCCAGGGAAUAGAACUGAGCCUGUCUUUUUUUUAAUGUUAAGCAGGUUACCCCCAGUGGGGCUUCUACUAGACAUCUCUCCAUUUGGUCUCUUCUUACACUCCAACCCAGUGGGAACAGUUAAUAAUUGGAUGUUUAUAAAAUGGGGGUAAAAGGGUUUACUGUGAUGGAUCCUGACUAUCCCUCUAGGAGGAGACCUUUGCUUCAGCAAUGGUGUCUUCAUCCUCGCAGCCUGAAGCUGCUUCAUUUCCUUAGGUCUGUUGUGUUUUGUUUCUGUAAAGCGUUAUGAAUUCUGCAUAUUUUUGUAAAAGAAUCAAGAUUUGUAUAAAAUGUUGUUUACAGAUCUUUUAAUGAAUAAAUAAAUAAAAACUC